AUGGCUACCGCCAUUAUCCUCAAGAAAUACAGUUGUCUUGUGGAACGAAAAGCUAGCGAUUAUUUGUUAGGGAUCAAUCACGGAGAUCUAAUAGAAAUCAAUGAAGAAGUAUUUUGGAAAAAGGAAUAUAGAAGUGAAAGAAAACCUAACGAGAAACAAAACGACUUAGUCAGAAGAAUGGCUGACCAGAUGAAGAAAGAUUUGGUGAGCGGGAGUUUCCCACCCCCACCGAAGAGAGUUGAGCGCACCUUCCGUAGUGGCUUUCCGUCACUUUCAGAUUCCUUCAAGUCGCAUCCGCCAGGUCUGUCCAAGCCGUGGAUGGCCGCCCCUAUUAGUCAUGACGACACUAGCUUGGUCAGUCCUUCAGAAGCUUCAUUAGCAUUCGGGUCGUGGUGCCGCGAGACGCCUGACGCGAUGAGAACAGUUUCCAGCUCUCGACGAAGAGCCCAUACUCCAACCGGUAAGCAUACCGAGCGAAACAGCGAUCGGCUUCCACCAUUAUUUGAAGCAUUUGCAUCCAUGGACGAAGUAGCACUCGCCAUCAUGGAUCGAGUAUAUAGCUCUGCCACCCUUGAUUGCCUUAAUCGCGGAGAAGGCCCGAUAGCUCAGGACGUGGUUGUCACGAUACAUGAUCGCGACGUCACUCUUUCGACGGAGCAAUGCGAAGCCAUAGCAAUGGGGGUCGGUGGCUUUCCCAUUACUGCUAUCCAUGCGGCUUUCCGUACGGGGAAAACAGUCGCUGGUGCAAUCACUGCUGCUUGA